AAGUAUGGUCUUUUGUAUCUGUAGUAAACGAAACGAGGAAAGAAAGAAAAAAGAAAACGUAGAGGUAAGAGUCACAACACACAUCUCACAUGUGCUCCUGUACCCAAGCAAAAUGGGAUCUAGCUUAAGCUAGCUAAAAGGAACAUUUACCUAGCUUGAGCUAGCUGAUUGUUCCUCUUUAGCUAGCUUAAGCUAGAUCCCAUUUUGCUUGGGUACAGGAGCACAUGUGAGAUGUGUGUUGUGACUCUUACCUCUACGUUUUCUUUUUUCUUUCUUUCCUCGUUUCGUUUACUACAGAUACAAAAGACCAUACUUUUUGUUCUUCUCGUGAAACAGAGGUGACAUUCUAAAUAAUCCACAAUGACAACGGAAGUAAUAAGUUCGACUACAUCAAAUGAAAAAGUGAGUUAUAAGGUCUUCCGUUGGUUUUUCUGUAGCAAAUUUGAAACAACUGGUAUAAUAAAAUCAAUAGGGAGGUGUAUCCAAAGGUUCGGCUAUUAUCACGGGAGCAGGUCGAGGCAUAGGAAAGGCAAUUGCUCUUCGCCUUGCUCGAGAUGGCUUUGAUAUUUGUGUAAAUGAUACUGAUGCUAGCCUCGUAGAUCAGCUGGGCAGAACAGCCAUUGACUGCAUAGCCGAUGUAAGUGAUCGUGCUGCAGUCGAUAACCUCGUAGAAAAGAGUGUAGCUGCUCUUGGCCCACUGACAGUGAUGGUAGCCAAUGCCGGCAUAACUCAACCAAAACCUUUACUCGAGUUAACCGAUGCUGAUAUACGACGAAUAUUCGAUGUCAAUGUGAUUGGGGUGUACAACUGCUACGCGAGUGCUGCUAAACAAAUGAUCAAACAGGGAACACCUGGCAAGAUAAUUGGAGGUGCAAGCAUAGCAGCCUUCAAGGCCCCUGCAGGGAUGGGGCAUUAUGGAGCUUCAAAGUUUGCCGUGCGAGGGUGGACACAAGCUUUUGCACAAGAACUUGGAAAACACAAUAUUACAGUUACUGCUUAUGCACCAGGCCUCGUUGACACAGAGAUAUGGAAUGUUAACAGCAAAGAAGCCAUAUUCAAGAAGUGUUCCGAUGAAAUGAUUGCUCUCAAGCGAAUAGCUAUGCCGGAAGAUGUGGCCAAGUUCGUUUCAUUUCUUGCUAGCACUGAUUCAGAUUAUAUUACUGGCCAGACGAUUGCUGUCGAUGGAGGAAUUAUUUACAACUGA